AGACUCUAACUCUAGCUACAGUCUACGUCUCUACACUGACUACAGAGUUACAUUUUAUGUCAGUCAGACUUGGUGAUUGGUGUCACUCAGUCACAAUCACAGUUACAGUAACUUACAGUAUUGUCUUUUGUUUGUCAACUUUGUUUACUCCCAAGACUGAAGUAGUAGUCAAGAUCUACUCGACAUAAAAAUGCGGAUUUAUUUAUUACAAUUGUUGUUAUUUCCUUGCACAAUUUAAGGAUGGAGCCAGAUCGCCAAGAACAACAACAGGUUGUUCAAUUUCAAGAUGAUGCCAACAGAUUCUGGCGUGAAGAAAGAGAAGAGGGUGCAGUAUAUCAUGCUUACCUAAAGAAAGUAACAUACUUGUCGCAGGCCCGUCUGGAAGAUGAGAAUGAAAGAAACAGUGAGUUCUCACAUCUGAUGUGGGAAACUCAUAAAGUUAGAGUGAUUCGUGCUGGCACUCUAGCCAAGUUGGUGGAGAGCCUGACCAACAUUCAAGGAGAAAUGGACUCCAGUUAUGUCAAUAUUUUUCUAGCAACAUACAGAACUUUUGCCACUUCUCGCCAAGUGCUGGAUGCAUUGAUGGAACGAUACCGAUUUCUGAGGUCACAGACUAAAGUGGAUAAAACAGAAUUGUGUGAGAACAUGCUUAGGUCAUUAAAAUCUGUGUUAUUUGUUUGGCUCGACUCCUAUCCUGAAGACUUUCACAUGGCUCCAGACUACACCUGCCUUCAUGAGCUGCAAAAGUUUGCUAAAGACACUGCUCCUGGCUCUGGGAUAGAAGCCAAAGUGAAGGAGAAGCUGGAGGCAUUCAGACAAGAAGAUGCAGAGAUGACAGCUCGGCAGCUGGAGCUCUCAUUUUCCCUGACAGAUGGAAGUGGUCAUCCACCAGACACAGAUAGCAGCAAAUCUUUAGCUCUGCUGGAUAUCUCUUGUAGGAAAAUAGCAGAGCAGCUGACAUUCAAGGAUGCUGAUCUGUUUCGUAAAGUGAUCCCACACCACUGUCUUGGGGCCUAUUGGAGCCGGAGAGAUAAAGAAGGUCAGUGUGAUGCCCCCAGCAUUCAGGCCACCAUCCAGCAAUUCAACAAUGUAUCACGACGUGUUAUAGCCACCAUACUUAAAACCAGAGAGCUGAAAACUGCCCAGAGGGCAAAGGUCAUACAGAAGUGGAUAAUGAUUGCUCAGGAUCUUCGUGAGUUGAAAAACUUUUCUUCACUGAAAGCCAUCAUCACAGGACUACAGUCUCAUCCUGUGUACAGGCUGAAAAAAACUUGGGCGGUUUUAUCAAAAGAUGCAAUGGUUCUAUUUGAAGAACUCAGUGAAAUAUUCUCUGUAGAGAACAAUCAAAUCAACUCAAGAGAGUUACUUAUGAAAGAAGCCACAGCCAAAUUCCCUGACCUAGAUUCACAGAGCAAAAGCUUAAAGAGAAAAAAUUUACAAAAGCGAAGAUCCUGGAUAGAUAAUGGAAUAGUUCAGGGUACUGUUCCUUAUCUGGGGACAUUCCUGACUGACCUGACUAUGAUAGACACUGCUUAUCCAGACUGCACCGAAGAAGGCCUUAUUAACUUUGAGAAGCGUAGGAAGGAGUUUGAAGUGCUGGCUCAGCUUCGUCUCCUUCAGUCUGCGGCAUCCAUCUACAAUAUUGCAGAGGACAGCAGUUUCUGGCGUUGGUUCAACUCUAUCACCACAUAUGCUGACUUGGAAAGUCACGAAUUGUCCUGCUCCCUUGAGCCUCAGUCAGAAAGUCUGGCUAAAAUAAAAAAAAAGUCUGCCAGUAUUAAUGGACCACAUUUGAAAAGGAGGGUGUCGGCAGCUAAACUGUAUGCUUGUUUUGCCUGCCGAUCCCGCUUCUCGGAGCCCAAUAUGUCCUCAUCCAGCUUGGAGGACAACCGGGCACCCUAUGACCAGCAGGAUUGUUUAGGGACAAAGCCAGCCAGGCUGGACAACAAGCUAGGUCUUUUUUCUUGUGGCCUGGAGGAGAGGCACAGCAUUGAGAGUAUCCCUCCCACCAUAGCUGCCACUAUUGGUCCACUGGUCAGUCAGGUCUCUCAGCUGUCUCACUCCUCCUCUACCUCAUCUGUGAUCUCAUCAGACAGUGACAGCCCAUCUUCACACACGCCAUUCAAAUCUUCAGAUUCCUAUGUCAUCAAAGUUUCCAUUGAAAGUAACAAGAACGAUGCAGCGCAUGUAUAUAAAAGUAUUAUGUUGCUGAACAGUGACCAUACCCACACAGUUAUUGAGAAAAUUAUUGAGAAAUAUGCACUGGAGGGACAAGCAGACAAAUAUUGUCUUUUGCAGAUUUUACCUGAUGGUGAACUUUUGAUUCCAGACAGGGCCAAUGUUUUCUAUGCCUUGAAUAACUCUGUGGAUUUAACUUUCAUUUUGAGGACCAGGCAGGAGUAUGAAGCCAUUAAACAGAAAAGAAAAAUUGGCAGAACCCGGCCCAAAAAGCUCACCUUGUGAUUUUAUGUGUAUGUGCAUUGUUUGGGUGUAUUCAGAGUGAAAGAUUUGACUACAGCAGCCGUGACUGACCUAAUUACCAUCAGUGUCUUUUCCCCUGUUGGACAGGUUGCUGGUGAGUUGGCAGCACCUGUUGUGUGACAUUAGUGGUGGUGUUGAAAAAUAUUUCCUUGUGUUGUUAGCUACGAUAGAAUUUCUGGCUCUGUAAAAUAUGUUAUUUAUUUAUUUAACUAGUGGUAUUUUUUGGUCAAUGAGGCUAGAGUUUUUUCCCACCAAGACUCUAUGGCAGCUUUCUUUCAUCAUUGGUUAAUGAUGGAAGGGCAGUGAUAAAUAAACAACAGACUUUGAUAAAAGAUCAUUUACUGUUGUGUGACACUUUAAAAUGAGUUUAAAACCUGAAAUCAGGAGAAGCCAGCAGGAUUUAAAAUCAACUCUUCACUGCAGAAAUCUGUGUCUAAAAAAACAGGAUUCUCUUUCAGACAUUAUUUCUCAGGUAGUUUUUCCUUGUCUUUUGUCAAGUGUGUUUAUGAUGCUUGUAUAUUUUUUUUUAUUCUGUAGGAACUAGAGUUUAUACAUUUUUAUUUAUUAUUUAAGCAAAGGUUUCCCCAAAGCACAGAAAAUACAAACUAAAAAAAAAUUAAAAUCUGGGAUUUGGGAUUUGUUUUUUCAUCUGAUUUAGUCUAUUUUUAAAGAGAUUGACCCUAGGUAUUAAAGUAA